AUGGCUAACGGACCCAUAGCUGAGCGAAACAGAGAUGCAACAAUAUAUGUUGGUGGUCUAGACGAUAAAGUCUCAGAAUCUUUAUUAUGGGAGCUCUUUGUCCAAGCAGGGCCUUUAGUAAAUGUACAUAUGCCCAAGGAUCGUGUAACCAUGAUGCACCAGGGUUACGGCUUUGUAGAAUUCAUGGGCGAAGAAGAUGCGGAUUACGCUAUAAAAAUAAUGAACAUGAUAAAGUUAUAUGGAAAGCCAAUAAGGGUUAAUAAGGCAUCUGCACAUCAAAAAAAUUUAGAUGUGGGAGCUAAUAUCUUCAUAGGAAAUUUAGACCCUGAAGUAGAUGAAAAGUUGCUAUAUGAUACAUUUUCAGCCUUUGGGGUAAUAUUGCAGACACCAAAGAUAAUGAGAGAUCCUGAGACUGGCAACUCCAAAGGGUUUGCUUUCAUAAACUUUGCAAGUUUUGAAGCAUCUGAUGCUUCAAUUGAGGCCAUGAAUGGUCAGUAUCUCUGUAACAGACCAAUUUCUGUAUCAUAUGCAUUUAAGAAAGACUCAAAAGGUGAAAGACAUGGAUCUGCAGCAGAACGUCUUCUAGCAGCACAAAAUCCAUUGUCUCAAGCUGACAGACCUCAUCAAUUGUUUGCCGAUGCACCACCCAUAGGAAUGAUGCCAAUGACCAUAGCACCUCCACCACCACCUUUAAUCACAGGAAUGAUGCCACCUCCUCCACCUACUCCUGGAGGCAUGCCACCACCUCCUCCCCCAGUUCCACCACCAAAUUCUUUCCCAUCCGGAAUACCUCCACCUCCUUUACCACCUUCUCAACCGCCACUUCCACCCGGAGCUCCGCCCAACCUCGCCGCAACAGGCGGAUCCGGGCCAAGACCCCCUAUGCCUGGAGGCAUGCCUCGCAUGCCUCCGCCACCUCCAUGGACGGGAGGACCUUCUGGAAAUGUACCUAUGCCUCCAGGGCCACCUACUUCAGCUGCAUCUGGAGGAUUUGGCGGGAUGUUUCCACCUCCACCGCCUCCUGGAGGAAGGCCACCUCCGCCUAAUUGGAGGCCGCCCCCUCCUCCACCUCCUGGUUUUGGUGGGGUGCGACCACCAUUCCCACCUAGAGGACCGCCUCCACCACCACCAAAUUUUGAUGGAUAA